AUGGAUAUCGCCAACAAGCUCUUCUCGCUUACUCUGGGCGUGGAGCCUAACAAGGCCACGUUACAGGGUUUGGCAUCUACCUUGAACAGCGCAGUCCUCUCACUCGCCGACAAACAGAAAGCUCUCGAGCAAUUCGCCGACACCGCCGAAGCACAAAAGUUCGUUUCGCAGGCUCCCAUCCCACAGCAACAGUUCACUCAGCCACAAAUCCAAUACAUCCAAGCAGCACCAACACCCCAGGCAGCUCAAGCCCGCAGAGCAAAGAUCCUUCGAGACCCCGUGGUAUGGCAGAUCAGUGAGAAGCAAAUGAAGGAGCUGCAAUGGAAGAGGAAGCAGUUGCUGCAAGCACAGAAGGCCGAGUUGGAACGAAAGAAGACGGCGAGGGCGAAGAGACCCCCGCCGCCUAAGCUGGGAGCGUCCAAAAACGGCGUGAAUAAGACACAGCAGAACAAGGCGCCCGCGAAACCCCAGGCACCUCCUGCCAAAGCCCCUGCAGCACCAAAAGCGCCAGCGAAGGCACCUGCCAAGAAGGCUUGA